GAGCGAUGCGCGGCGCAGCUCUAUACUAGCGGACGGUUCACAUUAUCGUAGCGCAAGUAACCUCAGUGUAUCAUACAGUGUGUACGGAAACAGUCACUCGUAUGACACCGUCCGUAAAAACUCGUGAAUAAACACGUAUUUACUUGACGGUUCGCGCUUUGCAUAGAUUUCGUAACAAAUAAAGAGUAAAAUUUACUGACUGAUUUACGAGUUACGGCAACUAUAAUUGUGUAAUGUGACGAUUAUGACAAGUGUUCUAAAAAAAUCAAGAGGCAGUAAAGGAAAAUCAGAAUCCAUGCAAGAAGAUAUGCCCGUGCGAUGGGGGAGCAAUUCCCAGCAGAAAGAAGAUGUUGCAAAGCUCAUUAAACACAUCGACGAGAGUAUUAUUGGCAAAGGAAAUUCGUUCUGUGGACCAUACGGGAGGAGAAAAGUGGUGUACUGCGACUACAACGGCUCUGGGCGUGCUCUACAAUGGAUCGAGGAUUACAUUGCGAGGGAUGUGUUGCCAACACACGCCACCAGGUGCACUGCGCUCUCUUACACGUCGGGACAAAGCGAGAUAUACAGGUCGGAAUCAAAAGUACUGAUUCGCUCCGCUGUUGGCGCAUGCCCAGAAGAUGUGGUGGUAUUAGGAGUUUCAUUACCAAGGUUCCUGAGAGCUCUGCACCCUCAGAGGGUGGCUCUUUUUGUUUCAUCCAGAGAGACAGAGAGGCAGCUUAUUCCGUGGAGAGAAUGCGGAACCGAGAUAAUUAAAAUUCCCGAAUCCAAAGAAGGUUUUAUAGAUCUCAAUAACCUGGAACAUAGAUUGCAACAGAAUUCUGGCACAGGGAAACGUAUGAUUGGGUUCUUCCCUGCCGCUUCUAAACUGACGGGCGUGUUGGCUGAUGACGUGGCUACGACUCUGCUCCUCCAUCAGUAUGGAGCUUGGUCUUUCUGGGAUUACACAUUGGUGGCACCUACAUCGGCAGUGGAUAUGAAUCCGACAUUCCCCGGAGUAGAUGAUGAGAUGGUCAAGAAAGAUGCAUUGUUCUUCAAUUGUGAGAAGUUCGUGGGUGGCGUUCAAGGUCCUUAUGUGGCUGUUGUAAAGAAAGACGUGUUCAAAAAUACGCCUUUGUAUAUAGACGAUGUAGAGGCGUUGUCUGAAAGAAUCGAAGAGUUGAAGUCUUCGGAAGCGGUACGGGCCGCACUCGUGAUGCAGCUGAGGGACGCAGUCGGUCUCCAGAACAUCGCCGAACGGCAAGACCAUAUUACCAGGCAAGUGCUGUCACAUAUAAAGAAUAUCCCCGAAUUGAUCUUGCUGGGACAUGAGUCGCCAACAGGGAGGAGGUUGCCAAUCUUUUCGAUAAUGGUGAAGCAUCCGAGAGGGACGUUCCUCCAUCACAAUUUCGUGUGCGCAGUCUUAAAUGAUGUCUUCGGCAUUCAAGCGAGGGGUGGCCUUAGUAGCAACCUUAAUUAUGGCUCAGAUAUUCUUGGGAUUGAUGAUCAGUUAUUAAAGGAGUACGAGAAGUUAUUGGAUGUGGAAGCACAAAGAGAAGUUGCUCGAGUCCGUAAAAUGAGUGACGUCAAAGCACCUGAGGUGCCAAUACACAAUGAACACUUGAGACCAGGUUUUUGCAGAGUUUCGCUGCCUUUCUUCAUGUCAGAAAGCGAGCUGGCCUUUGUUCUAGAAGCAUUGAAGAUGGUGGCCACAGAGGGAUGGAAAAUACUACCCCAAUACAUAGUUAAUCCUCAGACUGGACAAUGGAAACACCAUACUUGUUCCGUAUUAAGGGACAGGAAAUCUUUAUAUACUUUAAAAUUCAAUGAUGGUAAAAUCAUUUCCCAUGAAAGAAGAGUUUCUGGUCCAGGCAUAUUUCCUCAAACAUACACUGAGUGUUUGCAAACUGCAAGAAAUUUAUUUAACAGAGCUAGAAAGCUAGCCAUGAAAUGUACAUCAGCUGAACCAGAAAUAUCAUUUAAUCCACGUAUAGACUACCUUAGAUGGUUUAUGCUGCCGAAGGAAGCACAUGAUCUCUUACUUGGACGUUCAGCAAACGUGAAACACAUUGUUCCAUUUGAUCCUUCAGGUUACACUGGUGCACGGAAAAGUCUACAUAUAUCAAGAUCAUCCAUAACUUCUUCGCCUAUUCUAGGCUCCUCACCAAGACAUUACAGUUUAUCUGCAAUUGAUGACUGCCAAAUAUUUAGAUUGAAGCAAAAACAAAAAUUCUACUCUAGAGAGUCAAGUCUCAAAGAAACGCACAAAGAAGAUGUGGUUACAAAACAACCAGUAAAAUUUGCUGUCGGUGAACAAGUUUCACCACUGCGUAUAAUACCUCAAUGUACGCGACCAUUAUUAGUACGGUCUAGGUGUUAUAGUUUAGGUUCAGAUAGCGUGCCAGCGCAAUUUAACUCACGACCAAAAAUAGAUUUGAGACUAAAAGAUGCUACUUCCAAUAAUGAUACUGAUAAAUCUGGAAGUUAUUGUAAUUGCGGAAGUCAAACAGAUCUUCAAUCUUUGGAUGAUCCAAUGUUGUCACCUGAAAAGGCAUUCAUCUUUAGUACACAAAGUAGUACAUCUGUAUCAGAUUGCAGUCAAGCCGGGCGUUCGUCACCCACAACAUCAUUAGCAUCUCAAACAUCUGAAGAUAUACAAGCUUAUGUGAAAGAAUUAACAAAAGAAAUAGCCACCGAAAUAAAGUCUGAAAUUCGUGAAGUUAUUUCAAAAGUUGAUGAUAUUUUGGAAAAUUCUGAUAUGCUCGAGCAAUCAAAUGCGAGUAUUGUAUCUACAUCUAGUCAAAAUGAAAGGAAUUCUGUAUCAGUCAUAGAUGUAGCUGAGUACUUGAUGGGUAUGUCAAAGGAAAUGGCUUCGGAAGUCAAACAUGAAAUUCGUGAAAUGGUAAGCCAAGUUGAUGAAAUGAUAUCUCCAGAUUACACUGGCAACAAUUCAAGGAGAAGUUCUCCAUCGCAAAUUGGUAGAAGAAGAAUUGGAUCUGGUCCAGAUUUAGGAUUGGACUUGAAGAAAGCUUCGCAUUGUCUGAAAAAAUGCCCAACUAGUCCAAUACUUCCGUCUCAAUACGUAAAUGCAGAUGAGUUGUGUUUAAAGUGUUCACCAACCAACCAGUCGCCGAAGUCAGUUCAAUGCACUCCAUCAUACGAAGCAUCUGGCCCAAACAGUAUUUCUUUCAAUUCCAGUGAGACUUCUACUCCAGACACGAUCAUACAAGUGGUGUCCACUUCACAAAAUUCACCGAAUUUGCCUAAAUCAUUAAGUUCCAACAAGCUCUCAGACGACGAUGCAAUUUGUAAUGAUGUCAAUUGCAGACAUUGUUGUAUGAAAAAAAAUUGGUGCCAAAAUCCUUCGAUUAGUUCUCAAGAUAGUGGUAUAAAUAUGACUUUUACUGAAACUGACUCUUAUUCUGACCUUGUUAAAUGGCGGACUUCCUCAGAUCCUACAACAAAUAAGGCGAAAAAAUUACAAGGAAGGCUCAGAAUUUGUCAGAAAUAUGAGAAAAGUGAAGUACCUGAUAUAAUUGAGGGUGUUCCGGUGUGUUCUGGAGAUCACGUCAGACAAGCCAAGAAAUAUGACAACAGAAGUGACUCAGGAAAGGUGGUUUUCCAAAUACCCGAUGAUGCAGAUAGACAAAGCGAAAUGCCGUCUGAAUUGAAAAGAUGUAGUAGAUCAUCAAAUGCGUCAUCCAGCUGUUCGGACCGGAGUUCGCGAUCUAGCGGUUACGGAACUGAUCAACGUAGCAUCAGUGAGGACAAUUUCUAUGAGAGAAGUGAGUCCGAAUGUCGUCUACUGAAGGAACAAUGUGGAUAUGAGGAAGAUGACAGUAGCGCGUGCAGCGAUAGCUCCCUAACAGACUUCACCUUCGACGACGAGGGCAAGUGGCACUGCCCACCAAAACACGUGUGGAAGCCUACUGUCGAGGCGAUUCAGGAAUUCAGUAUGAUUCGUCCCGGUGACAAGGUGCUGGUGUGUUUGUCUGGCGGGCAGGACUCGGUGGCGCUGUUGCACACCAUGCAUCACUACCAGUACUACGCACGAUCUAAGGGGAUACACUUUAGUAUCGGCGCAUUAUAUGUACACGAGGACAAAUCCGAGAUGGACCCCAGAUACCUAAUGCAAUACUGCAGAAUGUUGGGUGUCAAGUUCAUAUAUCAAGACAAGAUGGAUGACGAUGACUCUAGAAGUAAGUCGACAUACUAUUUGGCAUUUCUUUUUUUUUUAUUACAUUCCACAAUGUAGUAUUAAGAUGUUCACAAAAACAAAACUAUCAAUAUGAACUCCGACGGGCACAGCAAAUUCGGAGA